CACCACACCACCAUGCAAGCGAGCACGAGCAGCCUUGAAAUACCUUGGGCUUGGGGAGACGCUCCGCAGCUCAACACGUUUGGGAAGGUGGAGUUGCUUGGCCCAUGCUUCGUGAGCAGCCACGGCAAAGUGCCCGAGUCAACCGACGCCGCAGAGCGCUAAGGAGCGGAUCCCACCAAACUUGACAGGAUUGCGCUCCUGGUCAGCUCAGCCUGUCAGCGCGGAUAUAAGAUCCCCCACCCAUCUUCGCACUACCGUCAAUCCCUCAUAAGGCAGUGGAACUGCUCCCCGUCAUGAUCGCUGUUUUGCCUGUUUGUCGAAUUUAACCGUUCGCAAACACAUCGCUAGAUCAGACGACCUGUCACCGGCUGACUUUCUUGGGUUGACGGUGAGAGUCAAACCCACCCGACCGCCACAAUGGGCAACGCCUUCCAAAGCCAAGACGCCCCAGACACGGCGUUUUACGUCCGUGUGCCUUGCAUAGUCUUCUUCAUCGUCACUCCGAUAUUCGUCUUUAUCCGCCUGUAUAACCGCAUUGUUCGCAAAACUGGCAUUGGCUUAGAUGAUAUCACGAUUGUCUUCUCGUUUAUUUGUACCCUCAUAGUACAAAUUUUGAUGAUGAUAUCAUGUAACUAUGGCUUUGGACAGCAUGUUAAGAAGUUAUCACCAGACAACUUGCACAUGGCCCUAAAGCUCUUCUAUGUUGCGCAGAUCUUCUAUAAGCUCACUAUAAACUUGACCAAGAUCUCUAUCCUCUUGCUGUACCUGAGAAUCUUUGUCCAAAGAUGGUUCAGGAUAAGCUCUACUAUUCUCAUUGGCGUUGUGUCUGCAUUCAUGGUUGCGACAGUUUGCGCUUCAAUCUGGCAAUGCAGCCCUAUUGCUGGUGCCUGGGACAAGAGCAUCAAGCCAAUGCACUGUGGUGUUAACCUGACUGUCAACUGGUAUGCCAAUGCCGGCUUCGCCAUUGCGACAGAUCUUAUGAUCCUCAUCUUACCGAUGCAACCCAUAUGGACGAGCAAGCUACCUGUCAACCAAAAGCGAGCGCUGAUGCUAGUUUUUGCUCUUGGUGGUUUCGCGACAUUUACUUCCGUUGCCCGUGCAACAACGCUCAACUUUUCUACAACCACGCCAGAUAUUACUUACGAUAUUGCAUCUACUCUAUGGACAAUGGUCGAAGAGAAUAUUGCUAUUAUUUGUGCAUGCCUUCCCAUGUGUCGCAUGGUUCUUGCUUGGAUCUUCCCGCGCAUGUUUGCCAAUCACCCUGCCAGUGCGGACAAGAACGACAGCGAAAGCACCGGACCUACCAUUACGAUUGGACAACGACGCACGCGAUCCAAGGGAGGGCAAUGGCAGCCGUACACUGGUCCUGCUACCUCUGAGGGCAUUAAUCGCAGCAUCGUCCAGCAUCCCGACGCCAGCCAGGAGCAUAUCUUGGCAUACCCAGGUUCGCCCAAGGUUGACAACGACAACUCUAUUAUAAAGACGACACAAUACGAGGUAUCUUACGAGAUGCAAACAAAAAAAAGUUUCAGUACAAAUGACAGCGCAGUUUAGCAUGCUUCUCGGCCUGGACUUUUGCACUUUGAUUCUUAUGUACUUAUGAUACCACCCGCAAAGCGCAGCGGACAGGCUUGAUCAACUCUUCUUGCUUAGUAUUACUAUUAUUUGGCUGCGGCCAAGUUUAUUGUUAUUUAUAUCUGGAGCGUGUAUGACGGAAUGACUUUUUGAAUAUACUUUUUUCCACGUCGGACUUUUUUGACUGUUUAUACAUGUUUUACAUCCCAUAUAUAAUCUAUCUUGUGACAAAGAAAAGCAAACAGGUUUGGCUAUCUGUAGAGUUGUGCAUAAUGUUACAAUGUCUUCUUUCCGGGUUGGCUUAGCCCAUACCCUCCAUGAACUCGACACGAUCCAGCAGCAUUUGUCUAUAGCCCAUAUACUCUCGCAGGCCCUCCCAGUCCGCGCCCAUCUCCUCACCGUGUCGCCAAGGCUCCUUGAAACCCCAAGCACAGGCCACCUUGUCGAGGGCUUUACGCUCCUCUUCGCGCAUCCAGCGGUAUCGCAGCGGCGUACCAGGCAUCCACGUGACACGCUUCAUCUGAUCCUUGUUACUGAACUUGGCAAUGACACCUAGAGAUCCAACCACGAGGAAGUAUCCAGAGAUACCGGUAAAGCCAAUAGCAGUAGCUGUAGACAGAUCCAUGGUGUUCUGCCAGUAGGCUGCAUAGGCGGUAGAGAGACCGAGAAUGCCAAAGGGCAGGGUAGCAAGACCAAUUGCCGGCGCUGUACCAUGCUUGAUGAGCUUUUGGCGCUUAAAGGCAGGUACACAGUAGCUAGCCUCGAUAAUACCCAGCGCAGAGUCCAAGCUCUUGGUCUCGAUGGCAGUUUGAAGGGCCAUGUCAGCGACAGGGACUUCAAUGGCGCGCGAGGCCGCGUUGGGGUUCGUGGCUACAUAUUCAAUCUUCCCGUUUUUUAGAACCGGUUUAGGCUUCGUAGCGUAAAGUGAGAGAACGGAGGGGAGCGAUUCGGGCCGGCCGAGCUGUGCUUGUGUCUGAACGUAGACCUCGAGGACCUCAGGUGUCAUUUCGACAUUGGGGCUAGCAAUGAUGGUGUAUGCUGCAUGCGAUAUGCGGCUAAUAGCCUCGGUAAUGCGAGCAUCAAUUGGUAGCUGUGUUCCCGUUCGCUCCGCGCCGAGAGACGCAAGUCGUGAUGCGGAUACCUUGGAUUGGACGACGGCUCGCUUCAGUUGCGGGUGGAGGCUAGCAGCGGCGUGCAGACACGCUCCAAGGGCUUCAAGAGUUUCCUUUUUCGAAGGGAUGCCCUCUGCAGACAGCAAGUCGUUGCGUGUCGUCUCGGCAACAGUGGCAAUUUGUAGAGGAUCCAUGUUGGGAAUGGCCGCAGGAGCCGCUGCGCCGGUCUUGCGCGCUGCCGCGGUCACCUUGUCAUCGUUGGCGGACGCUGCUACUGUAGAAUUGAACCGCCGCGAAGUUUGCUUCCAUGUGAGGGUGCUGUUGCGUUGGAGAGUCGAUAUGGCGACCAAGCGAGUGGCUAGGGGCUGCGUCGAGCGGGUGAUGACGGUUGCGCAGGAGCGACAGACGAAGCCGGCCUGGCGGGCGCUUGAAGACCGCAUUAAGGAUUGCUUCCGGCUGAGAACCGCAAUCUCUAGGGCCCGUCUUCCUUUGUGGCGAUGGGCCGCUCAGUACGGCGUGGAUGUGAUGGCGAUGCUGCCCGUGGAGAGUUUGGCAACGUGUAGAGAAAAUUGAAAAGCGUACCUAACCCACUGUGGUGGCCGCUGUGGCCGGGGAAGACGGCGCCCAACAGGGGCGACGUUAGGGAGCAACAGCGGCAGUUGCUGGGGGUUAUGAGGUCACUGCUUUUUGGGUCCUAUGUAGUUACACACUACUGGAA